CCAUUUCAUUUCUUCGCUAAGCUCUCUCUAAAAACUCUUUCAUCAUCUUCACUUCAUUCAUUAUCAUCAUCUCUGCAAAAUUAUGGUACAAUCAAAGAAAUUCAGAGGCGUCAGGCAACGCCAGUGGGGCUCCUGGGUCUCUGAAAUUCGCCACCCUUUACUGAAAAGGAGGAUAUGGCUAGGGACAUUUGAGACAGCAGAGGCAGCAGCAAGAGCUUAUGACCAAGCAGCUAUAUUGAUGAAUGGACAAAAUGCGAAGACUAAUUUUCCAAGGAGUGACCUGGAAGAGGCAAGGGAUAAUCAUAUCAUCAACAGUAACAACAACAAUGAAUAUCCAUUGCCUCCUAAGGCUCUUUCUGAGCUACUCGAUACUAAACUCAGGAAAUGCUGCAAAGACCCUUCACUGGCUUCACUAACUUGUUUAAGGCUAGACAAUGACAGCUCUCACAUUGGAGUGUGGCAAAAACGAGGCGGUUCUAGUUCUAGCUCGAAUUGGGUGAUGAGAGUAGAGCUUGGAAACAAGAAAACACAAGUGACGGAAGAGGAGGAGGAGGAGGAUGGAUCGUCAUUAUCAUCGGUAUCGUCACUGUCAUCAGUAUUAUCACAAGCAGUUGGGGAUGAACGCAAAAAUGGUACGGAUGAAGAGGAUAGAAUUGCCAUGCAAAUGGUAGAAGAACUCCUUAAUUGGAAUUGACCCAUGUCAAAUUAUCAAGAGAAAUUAUGUCACCUUCUUCAAUUCCUGCAGACUUCUCUAUAUACAUGUCGUAUUCAUUUACCAUAUAUGUCAUAUGAGUAUACGUACAUCCUCUCUCUGUUUUACUUGGCUUCAAGAACUUAAUUAUUAGCCUUUUAAUUAGUAUUGGUGACUGAAAACACUUAUAAGGGUAUGACAUAUAUAAUAUAUACACAUACAUGUAUCCUGAUUCCUGACAAGUGCAAAGAGCAAUCAGGAAUUAUAUAUUAUGUAAGGGAAAUUGGAGAUACCUGUGGUUUACAUUGGCUGAUAACUUUUGUAAUACAGAAGAUGCUUUCCUUUAAUUCUGCAGUAGGUUUCGGAGUUAUUUAUGAGAGUGAUGGAUUCUGUGUUUGCUUUUUC